GUUGCACUCGCCGACCGGCUUUCGCUCCCCCGCCCGCCCGCCUACUCGCAUUAUAAUAACCGGACGAGGCCGCACAAGCAACAAACUCUCUCUCUCUCUCUCUCGCAGCAGCAGCGGCGGCCUGACACAGAAGCUCAGCUGAGCUAAGCUGCGGCAGGAGGGGCAGAAGCGACAGGGAGAGUACGUCCGUUGUUGGAACCGAGAGAGAGAGAGAGAUGAGGGCGAGGGUGGCGCUGGAGCCGCUGGCGGAGGAGCCGGGCGCCGAGGACGAGUCGGGGGCGCGGCGGCGGUCGGGGCUCCAGGCCACGCUGCACCGCUGGGCGCGCAUCCUGUCCGGCGGCGCCGCCGGGGACGACGCCCGCCCCGCCGCCGACCUCCGCGUCCUCCUCUCCGUCCUCGCCUGCCCCCUCUCCCCCGUGCCCAUCCUCCCGCGCCUCCCCCGACACGUGGCGUCGUCGGCGCAGUACAUAAUCGAGCAGUUCAGGGCGACGACGGGGUGCGGGAAGCUGGAGGGCACGGCCAAGAGCAUGUACGCGGCGGGCAAGGUGCGGCUGGCGAUGCUGCAGGAGCCCGCCGGGGCAGGCGGCGGCGGCGGCCACGGCAACGGCGGCGCCGGGCGGUGCCACGAGGGGAGCUUCGUCGUCUGGCAGCUCGCGCCCGGCAUGUGGAUCGUCGAGAUGGCCGUCGCCGGCCACAGCGUCGCCGCCGGCAGCGACGGCCGCGUCGCCUGGCGCCGCACGCCCUGGCUCGGCGCGCACGCCGCGCGGGGCGGCUCCCGCCCACUCCGCCGCGCCCUCCAGGGCCUGGACCCAGUGAUGAUCGCGUCCAUCUUCUCCACGGCGGAGCACGCCGGCGAGAAGCAGGUCGACGGGGAGGACUGCUUCGUGCUGCGCCUCGACGUGGGGCCAUCGACGCUGUCGAGCUGGAGCGACGGCACGGCGGAGGUGAUCCGGCACGGCCUGACGGGGUUCUUCAGCCAGCGGAGCGGCCUCCUGGCGCGCCUGGAGGACUCGCAGCUCACCCGGAUCCAGUCCCCCGGCGCCGCCGCCAUGUACUGGGAGACCACCAUCGCGUCGACGAUGGCCGACUACCGCGCCGUCGACGGCGGCGUCACCGUCGCACACGCGGGGCGGUCGACGGCGCACCUCGCCCGGUUCGGCGUCGGCGUGCGCGCCGCGCGGGUGGUGACGCGGAUGGAGGAGUCGUGGACCAUCGACGACGUGGCGUUCGACGUGCCUGGGCUCGGGCCCGACGCAUUCAUCCCGCCGGAGGAGGUCAGGCGGAGCCGCUUCUACGACGCCAUGGCCGCCGGCGGCAAGUGAGCUCGAUCGUGGACGCAGGCUCAGCAGGGUGGUGCAAGUGCAACACGUAGUAGUCCAGUAGUGUUUUGUUUAGUUUCGCCGGCGUGUCGAUUAUUGUUUGUGAUCGUGGCACCAAGAAAAUGCAAGCGCGUGUACGUACAUAUGUCUACCUGGGUUUUACCUAAAAAGAAAGAACAAUUCAUAGUCUAA